AUGCCGGAAGAUACAGUUUCACAAUCACAGGCUGUGCACAGCCAGCUGGAGAAGCCAUCAAGCACUGCAAUUCUCUGCCAUAACUGUGGGAACCCAUGCAAAGGAGAAGUUUUGAGAGUUCAGAACAAAUACUUCCAUAUUAAGUGCUUUGUUUGCAAAGCUUGUGGAUGUGACCUGGCUCAAGGAGGAUUUUUUGUGAGACAGGGAGACUACAUUUGUACUUUGGACUACCAGAGACUCUAUGGCACACGAUGCUUCAGUUGUGAUCAGUUCAUUGAGGGAGAAGUGGUCUCAGCACUGGGCAAAACCUACCACCCAGACUGUUUUGUGUGUGCUGUCUGCAGGCUGCCUUUCCCUGCGGGGGACCGGGUGACGUUCAACGGGAAGGAAUGCAUCUGCCAGAAGUGUUCCCUGCCCCCUGCCAGCACCACUGCCUCUUUCCCUCUACAGAACCUGCGAAAUUGUGGGGGCUGUGGUUCAGAAAUCAAAAAUGGGCAGUCCUUGGUUGCCUUGGACAAACACUGGCAUUUGGGCUGCUUUAAGUGCAAUAUAUGUGGCAAGCUACUGAAUGCAGAGUACAUCAGCAAGGAUGGAGUUCCGUACUGCGAGACCGACUAUCACGCCAAGUUUGGCAUCAGAUGUGACAACUGUGAAAAGUACAUCACAGGAAGAGUGCUGGAGGCAGGAGAAAAACAUUAUCACCCGACGUGUGCACGAUGUGUCAGGUGCAGUCAGAUGUUUGCAGAAGGAGAAGAAAUGUAUCUUCAAGGUACAUCCAUUUGGCAUCCAGUUUGUAGACAGGCUGCAAAGGCUGAAGAAAAAAACAAGGAAACGAGGACUUCCUCUGAGAGUAUUAUUUCUGUACCUGCUUCAAGUACAUCAGGUUCCCCAAGCCGUGUGAUCUAUGCAAAGCUUGGAGAUGAAAUUCUUGACUACAGGGAUUUGGCUGCUCUUCCUAAAAAUAAAGCCAUCUAUAACAUUGACCGCCCAGACAUGAUCUCCUAUUCUCCAUAUAUCAGUUACUCUUCAGAUGACAGGCAUAGUUACGGGGAGUCACCUCAGUUGCUCUCUCCAGCACCUACUGAGGGUGACCAAGAUGACAGAUCUUUCAAGCAGUACAGGACAUCAAGUCCUAGCUCUGCCGGCUCGCUGGGCUACGGUCGCUACACUCCAACCUCCCAUUCUCCUCAGCAUUACAGCAGAGCAGCUGGUACUCUGAGUCUUGGUACCAGUAGCUGCAUCUCCCUGCCCCAACACCCAAGCCCUACAUCUGCAUUCAGACAUCAUUACAUCCCUUUCUUCAAAGGCAGUGAAAGUGGCCGGAGCACUCCAAGCUUAUCCAUGUACUCAGACAGCAAAUCUUCACCUUCUGUCUAUCAGCAGGCUCCUAGGCAUUUCCAUAUUCCAGACACUGGCGUAAAAGAUAACAUCUAUAGGAAACCUCCUAUCUACAAACAGCAUGCAGCAAGAAGAUCAGAAGGGGAGGAUGGCAGCUUGGAUCAAGACAGCAGGAAGCUAAAGACCAGCUGGCUUAUUCUGAAGGGGGAUGUGGACACCAGGACUAACUCCCCGGACCUGGACACACGAUCCCUGUCUCUCACUGCUGGAACUGACCGAGAGGGCUCCACGGCCGGCUACUCCCGAUUUCCAUAUUCCAAAUCUGCUUCUCUACCUGGCUAUGGAAGGAAUGGCUUACAUCAGCCUGAAAAUAUGAGCCAGUAUGAAACGGACCAGGAGGCAAGCUGGGGGAUGAAAGAAUACAAGGUAAGAAGGGCUUUUCCUCCACUGGAAGAACACUCAGAUUCAGCACUUCCUACCAAGAUUUAUCCCUAUGAAACCCUGAUUGUAACAAACCGAGUUCGUGUGAAGCUGCCCAAGGACGUGGACAGGACCAGGCUGGAGAGGCAUUUGUCCCCUGAAGAGUUCCAGGAAGUCUUCAAAAUGAGCAUUGAGGAAUUUGAUCGUCUGGCACUUUGGAAGCGGAAUGACCUGAAGAAAAAGGCCCUGCUUUUCUAG